AUGAGGCUGGCCAGAGCCUUUGCUUGGGCACUGCUGUGCAGUACAGCCACAACUGUUACAGCUCCAUAUGCCACAGCACCCAGUGACUGUGGGGGCCACUACACGGAUGACUAUGGCAGGAUCCUCAACUAUGUUGGGCCGAAAACUGAAUGUGUCUGGGUCAUUGAGUACAGCCCUGGGGAGACACCCAUGGUGGCCCUUCAAAACCUCAGCAAACUCACCUGUGGCAAAGAGUAUGUGGAAGUGCUGGAUGGACCUCCAGGGUCUGAGUCCUUGGCCAGGAAGUGCAGCGGCUACACUCACAUCUAUCGCUCUUCUUCCAACAUUAUCACCAUCAAGUACUCCAGAGAACCCAGUCACCCACCCUCCUUCUUUGAAAUAUAUUACUUUAUUGACCUUUGGGAAUAG